GUUUUUAAUUCCCCCCCAUGCACCUGUUUGUCCUCAAUUUACCCCCCACCCCGCAUCCAGCCGUUCAUCCUCGUUUUGCCCCCCCCUCCCCCGCACGCACCCCUUCAUCCUCAAUUUGCCCCCCUCCCUCGCACGCACCCGUUCGCCCUCAGCUUGCUCCCUGCGCACACCCGGGCAGCCGAGACCUGCGCCCUCCUGCGUGCACGCAGACCCCUAACCCUCCGGCCGCACCCAGCGUUUGGGUCCCACCAGCCCAUUCGGGUUGGAUUCGGGGCAGACGGGCCCCGAGCAGGCAGGUGGGAAUCCUGGUUUCUCUAGCUGAGACGGGCUGGGUUCGCUGCAGGCCCCUGGGUUGUGUUUCCAGCUCUGCUGCUGUCUCACCGCUUGCACCCUUGGACGAAGGGGGUUUGGUUUCUUUGUGCUGUUUCCCCUUCAGCUUCCAGCUGUCAAAGGAGCCUUCCUAGAGGGGUGCUGACGGCGACAAAAUAGUAACUGCCUUGAUGAUGCACCUGAUACAUUUAUGAGCGGGUCCUUACGGUGGUGUUGGCUGCAACCACUGGAGACUCGGCUUUGUGCCCCUUCCCAGUCAUAAAACAUCCGUCUGGUUUAGGAACGCGCCUACGUGGUUUUCUUACUGCAGCAUCUGAGCACCCCCAUACCCUUAAUGCAUUUAUCUUUGCAGCACCCCUGCAAAAGAAAAGUCAUGCUAUUUGUAGUGCAGUCAAGUGAAGGUUUUGAUCUCUGUGCAAACUUGGUCUGUGCUUCUUGCUUGCAAUUCAACUCCGAAUCAGGUGAGUUUCUCCCAGGUUGCUCACCCAAGUGCUGGGCAGCGCUGAUGAGGAUGGCACUGGCACUUGUACCUAGUGCGUUCUUUUAAAUGGCAACGAUUGCAAAUUGUAGGUGGAAAUGAGGUGGGGUUUUUUAGAAGUACAGUCUUGGAAACUUGUAAUCACUCACAGAAGAACGACGAAGGCCUUUUUAACGAUAAGGUCCUUAAUAGGAUCUUUCUCCAUCCAAAUGGCAAAGCCAUUUCAACAGAUGACUGAGGCAUGUGAUCCUGGGAAACCUGCUUUUUACAUUCUUGAGAAGGAUUGUAAUUCUGCCUUUCUAAUUCUGCCUGUCUGGAAAAAAAAUGAUCAUUUGCAUUUGCAAAGGAGCCAGCCAUGUCCUUUUAACAUGAACAUUAGAACUGGAGCUGCCUUUGAUCACUGGUGCACUUUCUAAAAUGCAGCGGUUUUUCACAGGCAGAAAUUCAAAGGAAUGCUUAUAAACUUUGCUGUGAACCUGUUCUUGUACUACUUACUGUUGGAUUCAAGGUACUGAAGUAGAAGCACCGUGAAUCUGCUGUAGUGUGGACAUCCCUGCUUUUCUCCCCUUUUGCUCCAAGGUGACGUGGUUGUGCUGGCUGCUUUCCCCCUUGAUUGGAAGAAUAUUUUGAAAACUUUCCCCACCUUUUCCCAGCCCUGCAAGCAUAAGCAGUAGACCUUAAAUUCCACCUCUUCCACCGGACAAGGGCAGUUCUGCGCCAUUUCCAACCACCUCGUGCAACUUUCUUGAACUCUUGUGACGGUGAUAGGCUUUGUACUUUUCCUCUGAUGAACUUAUUUCCCAUCACCUUUUCCUCUGUGUCUUGCCUUAAUCGGUGUUUGCAAAUUUAUGCAUCAGGGAUUUAAAAUAUGAAGAACAUAGGUAAAACUAUAUUAGUGCCCAUUUAUGUUCUGUCCGACCACAUCUCAGAUUAAGUAUUUAAAAAAGUACAGGAGUCCUUAAUUCUAGACAUUGCCUUAGAUCUGACUUCCUUUUUUUCCUCUAUUAAUGUUUUACUACCUGGUUUCUUUUGUCUUAGGCAAGCAAAGCAGAGUAUUUGGUUUCGCUUAGUUUCUGGUCGGUCUUAAUUUAUGUAUUUGCAGGAAGCGACAGGCUUUGUACUGGCAUGUUUGCAAUCUAACUGUUUCCAUAGCAGUAUCACAAAAAGAAAUUGUCAGGUUUUUUGUAAAACCUAGGUUUCUUUCCCUACAGUGACUUUAACUUUUUAUCUUGGUUUGCACACAUCAUGUGUUUUUUUUUCUUCAGAUGGCAUAUCAAGAUAUAUAACCCUGAAGUCUAUGUCCUAGGUAGGCUUACUCACCUGGGCAGUUAUCCAUUAGGUAUGUCAGGGCUAACAACCUUUGCACUGAUCUUUAUUCUGGUUCAUACUGUGAAGUACAAGUGGGGCAGUCAUACCAGACUCCAAAUACUGCAACAGGUUUUGUUCUCCAUAUGUCAACACCGUGAGACUGAAGGUCAACUCCCUUAUUCCGUACAGUGCAUGCUUGGUGCAAUUUCUUUCAUCCUCAGGGAGUUAUGCUCCCUACCCCUUAGCGGUGCUGCCCGUGGAUACAACUGGGUUACGCCGAUCAAAUUCAGAAUUCCAGAUGCAUCCUAACUUGUCUGAAUUUCUCUACACUGAAAUGGGUGAUCAAACCUGAGCUCUUCAAAAAGCAUGACAGCCCAGGCUUCAGAUGUCGGAGGGUCUUCUAUCUCAGUUGACAGGACCUGCAGGGAAGUCCUCAUCUGUUAUUUGCAGAAAAUCGUGGGCUGCUCUCAACUUGUAAAAUACCAGUUCUCAAGGAUCAGCAACCGAGUGCUUAUAUUCUAUGCACGCCAUGCUGGCUAUGCCGAUUGGUUUGCAGUCCCUUCCUAAGUAGGGUCCGGUCGUCAAACCCAGCACGAAUAAGCAUCCGUCUUAAUAAUUGAGAGUGCAUAUCUUUUCUUGUGCUUAGGGGGAUUCUUAAUAAGGAAACUCUAUGAGCAAGGAGGGGCCCUCACUUUCCACAUGUGGUUUUAGAAUCUGUCAUUUGUCUUAAUUAGUAGUUUUGUCCCUGACCCUUUUCUUCUUGAACGUUGAUGUUUUUUGGCCCUUGAGCAAUGCUAUAGCUUUAGACCCAAUUUCCCAGCCCUGUAGUGACAAGCUAGGCUCAUUGUGAGCAAUGCCAGGAAGGAAAGCUGCCUUUAUUUGGGCCUGAGAGAUCUGACACAGAAUGUGAUGUGCUAGAAAACAUGUAUUGAGUUGUAACACUUCCAAGCAAGUAAGCUGGUUAAGCAAUCCAGGUUCUUGUCUCAGUACUGCUUUCACAAGUUAUUCCAUGGGAACUGUGCUGCAGAACUAGAGCUUCUGUUUCAGAGCAUUGCAACAAACAUUUCGAGGAAAUAUGAAUGAUAACGCGGCAGUUCCCCCGAGAGAACUUAAUGAGUCCCCUAGUGAGCUACCCCUCUUUCCUCCAUACAAACGCAGAAAGUUUCAGUUCUAUCUUUCAGUGCAAGCGUUACAAUAUUUCAGAGGUUGAGCAUCUGCAAAAAAUAAAAUCUUGAUUGCUCUUGGCAAAGGGUUUACUUUUUUUUAAUAUGGAUCUUUUCCAGAUUAGUGCCAGGUUUGCUCAUUAAACUUAGUUUUUCCGAGUGCUGCUACCGUACAUCACUUUAAAACCUUGGUUUUUUAGUUAUUUCACGGAUUCCUUUAUUAAACCGUGCAUGAUUCACUGGGUAGGCUGCCCUUGAGUGUGGCAUUAAAUUGCAUUCCUGCACUCAUGCACAUGUUUUAACCUUCUGCUAGGUCCUUAGACAAUAUCCUUUACUGUGGUAUCUGAGCAUCUUCAUCCUGCUUCCUAACCUAAUUACCAUAAAUCUUCAAAUAGAUCUCAAGCAAAAUGGAUCUUACCAGCAGGGUCUAGACAUCCGUUUUAACGGGUCUCUUACCAUGUUUCUGGGUAGCAUUCCCCCAUGCUCAACAUUUUAGAAGGAAGCGGGUGCCCAGAUCUCACAUCAGAUUUCUGUUUCUGCUGUGGAGAAAUCUGGUCCCUUUGGAGAUGGAGCCUAUGUAGGUUUUUGCCCCCCUAGCUGAUUUAUUUAUGUAUUUUGUUGCUAAUGCUUUUGCUUCAUCCUGCUUGUUUUAAUUCUUCCUUCUUUUCCCAGGGUCUCUACACACCUUGCUAGCUGACCUCAGUCAGCACUGACCGUUAUUCCAGCCAAGGCAGCUGAGCCCCAGGCCUGGCUCAGCUAUCUCGUCUGACUGUCAGGUUCUGGAUGUGUUCACUCCAGUACCUUUGAAACUUUCCAUUGACUCUCUGCUCUGGUUAUUUCGUUCCGCUCCACAAAAAGCACUGCAAACAGGGUUUCCUGCUGCUGGCCUCCUUAUCCACUGGUACCUUGUAGCUGGCCAAGCUGGUCAGAACUUUAUUCAUAGGUUUUGCUAUCCAGAUAGGCGUGUCAAGAUGCUGCGGUUUUGAUGAAAACAGAAGAAUUGAUUUGAUUUUUCCCUUUGCCUUCACUUACAAUUCACUGUUGCUACUAUAGGUUUUGGGCUGCAGUAAAAGUUGAAGCUUUAAGAUAAGUUGAGAUUCUUACUCCAGCCAUCAGGUGAGGAUGGUCCUUUGCGAUUUAUCCGUCUCUAUAUGCCAGGUUCAAAUCCAGGUGAAUGUGCCUGCAAGUGGUCUUGCCAUAGUGGAACUAAGGCAGUUAAAAAUCAUCAUUAAGCUAAGCUAACUUUGGAAGCAGAUGAGGCCUUAAACCCUGGAUUCCCUUUUGUUACCUCUCUUUUGACUCAGCUCUCCUGAGGCUACCUGGGUAAAUAGCAAAGCAAAAGAAGGUGUGAAACCAGAUAUAACCUUUAUAAAGGGUGACCUAAAUGGAUGCAAGCAAGAAAAUAAAAGCAAUAGGAAAACAGUAGAUAUGCAUCAGUAAUGUGGCCUCAGCCUUUGUCAUAACCAAGAGGCAACUAAAAUGUGUCCAGGUCUUUUCUCCAGUAAAAUGUUCCUUUCUCAGACUGAAGCUGCUUUAAAUUUCAAGUUCAAUUCAGUGUUGAGCAAAAGAUGUUUCCCGGAGUAAAAAAAGAUAUCAUUAUUUCCUGUCCCACUGCAGAGCAAUUUUGAAAGCUGCUUCAAACUUCGGGAAAUGUCACAUUCAGCCUGUAAAUCUUUUCUUUAUUCCUGGCUCACAGGAAAGUUCAUUUGUGUAUCGUUUCCUGGCUGAAAUUAAUGUUCUUUUGGCCACCACAGCUUGAGGUAUGUCUUUCCUUUUUGCAUGCUAAUUAGGCUUCUGUUGAUAUUAUUCAAAUUGGUUCAGAAAGCACCCUAUUAGUGUAGCUUUUGGUCCUACAUUUUUAAUAUAUAGGCUUUUAUUCUCUGGUAUUUCCAGCUUGGUAUCCAAUAUGUACUCCUGACAGAUGAAUUCAGCUUGUCAUAAUUCAGAACACUUUAUGACUGCUUCUUCUCUAUUUAGGGUGUCAGCUGCGUAAUAAGGUAGGGACACGGUCUUCCUCAGCUUGGUACAGUGUGGUAUACAUCACGUCAUGGUAAUGGCAAUGAUGUUGUAGAUGUGAUGGUCCAAGAAUUAUGCAAACGGCAAGGAUUUCUUUGGGUGAUAUCUUUUAUUGGACCAGCUGUGGAGGUAGGAUAGAGUUAGACAAGCUGCUGCCUUCCAUUUAAAAUCUAGUCUAACUCUAUCCCACCUUUGCAGUUGAUCCAAUAAAAGAUACCACGCAAAGAAAUCCUUGCCCCUCACAUGUAUAUCAUGUCUACAUUUAGCAAACAGUAGGAUGUAAAUUAAUAGGACCGCUUUAUACCAUGGUUGAUCUACUCACCAAGUUGCGAAAGAUGCCACGUAUCGCACAACUGAGACGAGGUCUUAAAAUACUUGGGGGCUGUUGUAAACCGUGGCCCAGGAUUUUCCCCAUCGCUUUAAUGUGGACCACAGCUUGCAUGCGUCUCGGGCCACCUUCCCCACUCGCAAUGAUAUGCUGUGACAAAUUGGAGCAAGUCAGUACAGGGAACUGGUGAGGAUGUAAUGUGUAGGUUAUCUUUUAAUGAAGUGCAGUAGGUGGAAACAAGAGUCAGCACCAUGAGGACCAGCCGUUGCCUUGGCGUUUUCAGAUGGAGAACAUUGAUGUUGCUGCUGACACUUUUUUUUACAAAAAGGCAUAAGUUGUCAUCUUGGGCUAGAGCUGUGAUCUGCUUUUGCCUCAUUCAGGCAGGAUCAGUGCAGAACACGUUUAGAGCAGUGUGUUUCUAGUGGAGGUUUCAGCGCUGAACAGGAGGCAUUUCUUCACCUUCCCUUGUACAUAAGCUGGGGAGUGUGUGCAGGGAGGAUGGGCUUGGAGAUUAAGCUGACUUUUCUCCCACCGUUCAUUCUCUCCUUACUCCCCAGUCCCUGAAAUAGAUCUCCUGCCUCUUCUGCUGCUGCAUUAUGGAUCACGCUCUCAUGGCCAGAGAUACUUGAGCCCCCAGUUUCUGUGAUGUGCCGGAGAGAACCUGGAAAAUACAAUGACUGCAUUUCAUCAUGCGGUUAAGAUAGGGACAGACAUGUUGGAGCUAGACUGUCACCUGACAAAAGACGAGCAAGUGGUGGUGUCGCAUGAUGAGAACCUGAAGAGAUCGACUGGAGUUGACAUCAAUAUAUCUGACCUCAAGUACUCGGAGCUCCCAUCUUACCUCAGCAAGUUGGAUGUCACGUUUCAGAAAGAGUGCCACUGUGAGGGUAAAGAUAAUCGUAUUCCACUGCUGAAGGAAGUGUUUGAGGCAUUCCCCCAAACUCCCGUCAAUAUUGACAUCAAAGUGAACAACAGUGUGCUGAUUAAGAAGGUUUCAGAGUUGGUGAGCCAGUACAAACGAGAGCAUUUGACUGUGUGGGGCAAUGUCAGUCAUGAAGUUGUAGCAAAGUGUGUUAAGGAGAAUGCAGAUAUUCCUACCAUCUUCUGCUUGCAACGUGUCCUCCUCCUUGUUGGCUUGUUCUACACGGGUCUGCUGCCAUUCAUUCCCUUCAGGGAAGAGUUCUUAGAAAUACCCAUGCCUUCGAUCAUUCUCAAGCUGAAAGAACCACACAAAAUGACAAGAAGCCAAAAGUUUAUCAUCCAGUUUGCUGACGCAUUGUUAAUGAGGAAAACUUUAUUUGACCACCUCACUGCUCGAGGCAUUCAGGUGUAUGUAUGGGUACUGAAUGAAGAACAGGAAUAUAAGAGAGCAUUUGAUUUGGGAGCAACAGGAGUGAUGACAGACUAUCCAACAAAGCUUAAGGAGUUUUUGCGUCAUUAUCCAGCGUGAAGAAGGAAAAUCGAAGAAGAUCUUAAAAAGUGGACAGUGAGCCAAGGAUUUCCUUCUUUCAUCAGAAUUGUUCAGCACCAUACACACAAAUCAUUUGCCUAAUGGUGGAAGAUGUAAUCACCUGGGUUUUAUUGUCUCAUUCUGAAGUUGCUACACAAUGUAGUGUAUACUAUUCUAUUUAUUUUAAAUUUUAAUGGCAUAGUUUACAUUUGUAAAUAGUUCUGUUACUACUGGUGAUAUAGAGAGAGAAGGCUGAAGAUAGGAUACCCAUAGAUCAUAUGCAGAAUCACAAGUGUCCAUUUAUAGGCAUCAAAUGGUAGUGCAUGAAAAUCAUUCCAAUCAAAUGCUGUUGGGUAGAAAUAAUUUCAGCAUUGUACAUCACUGUACAUACCUUUCAUGGUUUGAGUUAGCCGAUAAUGUCCAAGUAGUCUGCAGGGAGGGGAAUGAAUUAGCACAUAGGAGAAAAUAGGAAGGUUGCAUUUGUGGAUACCUGGACAGAUUGCCCUGUGAAAUGUAGUCAGUAAAGAUGGUAAUUUACAUUACUGUAAUUUUACCAAAAUUAAAUGUUUAGGCCAGUAUAGGUUUACUUAACUGCUCUUGUUAAAAAAAUGUUGGUGUUUAUCUCUAGGUAUAAUUGCUCCCCUUUUGGUGUAACAACAAUAGUAUGACUUGUUAACUGGAUAUUUAGUUUAAGGAUUUAAGUAGGCACAUAGCUCUGGAUUCUGAAUGAACUGUUGCAUUAUGUUCAGUUUGCUUAGAAAAAAAUAAUUAUUGCAGAUAAGGGCUGUAUUUUUUUUUUGCCUACAUACAAAUUUAUAGACAAAUUUUCCUCUUUUAAAAUGAAGAGGAAAUUUGACUUUGUUUCAGAACUUGUGCUCUAAGGCACAAGCAUUUGCAUAUCUUUAUCGUUUAGUGUAACAAACUAACAGCAUUUUCCAUAUUUAACCUGAAGACGUAGCAUCCACAAAAAGGGAACUUUUCUUUUCUGUCUUAGGGUAUACCGGUCAGAUUUCUGGAAAAAUCUUCACCAGCAUCAGAGUCCUGCUGCUCUGGCUGAAAUACUGUGGCACCAACAAAACAUGCAUGUCUCACUUUGUAGAUGAGAUUAUUGUGCCACUUUAGCAGUUGGCAAGCCAGCUUUCCAGAAAGAAGGAUUAACCAUACCAUUGAUAGGAGAAAUUGAAUCCAAUUUUGUGUUUAAAAGAAUCUGUUUCAAAAGGGAAACUAAGGUCGAAGGUGCUUUCGCAGUGGCAGAAUCCCAUUGAGCUGAUGGAUUGGAAAUCACUUUUAAUGUGAGGGAGGGACUAUAGGAAAGAGAAUGAAGAUUGGCCUGGGGAAUCUGAAGGCAAUGAAGAAAGUACCCGCUAAACAUAGCUUGCCCAAGAUAGAUUUAAUAAUGUCAGUAGAUCAGUGUUCAUUAUUACACAGACGUCCCUAAGAAUAUAUUUCUGAUACUCCUUCCUCUUACAAAGAAAUCUAUGCUGUAUGUGUGGUAGUGAUACUCAGAGCAGCAGUGGUUUGUUCUGGGUCUGCAUUAUCUGCAAGGGGAUCCCUUUUCCACCAAAACCAGUAAACUCAACACGCGUAGAAUUUGGAUGUACGCACAGCUAAAACCAAUGCUGUUGGCACAAGCCAGGGAAUCUCAAGUGUCUGAGGAAGGCAUAUGGGUUUUACUAGAAUUACACAAGUCGUUUCCUUCUCACAUGUGCGCAUCAAGCAAGGAACUGGGCCUCUGAUUUCAUCUUGCUGUGUUUGGCAUUGCUGCUUUUGUAUCAAGUUCUCCUCAGGUAGUUUUAGGUGGUUCUGGUCUGUCUGUACACGGUGACCUGCAGAAGGCUCAGUUAAUCCGUCUACAGACAUGAGAAACUAAACCGUAUACCUUCAGUGUCUGCAUCUGACAUUUUUCUGAGACACUCCUCUGAGAACAUGACCUCAUUCAAUAGGAAAAGACUCGCCAGAUACAGGACUAACAUACUUGUAAGACUUUUCAAAUAUUUUAAUGAAGGAACAGCUUGAACUAAGAAUGACUCCCCUGUUGCCUCAGACUUUUAAGGAUUUUCUUGCUUCCAUCCGCAGUCUCCCAGCCUCAUGCCCCAGAGCAGCAGCUGUGAAGCCUGUUAGCUGGUUCACUGUACAGCAAGGACUUCCUUCUAAAGCAAAGAGCUAGAAUGUCGAGUUCGUUUGGACGGACGAACGCUCUUAAAUAGCUGUAAUUAAUUUACAUCUGUGUCAUGUCUAUGAAACCAGAGAGAAAAUACGUUCUGAGGAACAUGCUCUUUUAGCAGACGAUGCAAAAGAAGCGCCAUGUAUGUUGUUUCAAGUCAACAAAUGUCAGUGGCAAAUAAGUUAAUGGUGUGCUUAAAAUACAUAGCUAGUUAUAAAUAGACGUGGGUCUGAUUUCAUUUUAAUCUAGUCAGUCCUGAAGCAUCUCAGCAUCAGAGCAAAUACACAUCAUGUUCUAACUCUUUACUGGGGGGAGGAGGAGGCGGAAGAUGCAUCCCCAGUAACUUGUUAAAUGUUUAACUUGUAGUUCUCAGUCCAGAUCAGUUAGCCCCAGCCAGAUAACUGCAUGCAACCAGUCCAGUUGCACAUUCUCUUGCUUUCUUGUAGAAAUGGAGAGGUACAGAAUAGCUGUUGCAUUGCGGUUUUUAGUACAGAAAUGAGCAACGUCCAUCUUUCUGCCCGCAGCAACCCACGUCUGUGCAGCAGGUGCCUACCAAAAUAGAGCAUCCCCAGGAAAACUGCCCUGUCUCAAUUUGGCUACAUCAGCCCAGUGUAUAAAGUGGGAGGGGAACAUCCCCUGUGACCUGUUUGGUUUUUUUUUUUCUUGUUCUGGAUGCACUGCUUUCUUAUUUCCAGUAUAAAUAUCCUAAUGGGAGGAUAACUCCCUUUUUAGAGAAUGAUGCCGUUUAGCACCUGCACUGUUUUUUUUUUAAAGACAAAAAACAUUGCUUACAUUGGGAAAUGCUCUAAGACUUGUAGAAGCACCAUUCGUGGCUUUUAAAAUUCAACUGUGUCUCAUUGCAAGGGUGGUAUCUUGAUUUUUAGACUUAAAAUUCCCCUCACCCCGACACAAAUAAACUUUUUAUUCUAUGUAGAGUUCAGAAGCUUGGUCAUUAAAAUUAUAUAUAAUGAGAAAUUUCACUUGUUAAAUGAAUGAAGUUUCCAUCGUCCCAAUCUUCUUUCUCUGUUUUUGUGGAAAGGGUGUUGGAAAUCUCCGGUUCUUCACAGGUGCUUAGCACGCACUAUGUCCACUAGACUUCCCACAUCUAAAUGCAGCUCAUGGCUGCAACAUUUGUACAUGGCUUCAGUCUUUGAUAAAUUUGUCAUUGGCAUCUGAAUUUUGGAGAAGUCAAGGAUGAUAAGAGAUCAGGAUUCGACCGCUUGCUGAAAUUAUUCACAUCCGCCCCUCCCUGUAUUUUUAUUUUUUGCUAAAAAACAACGUCUUACCACCCUAAGACAAAAAGACACUGGAAUCCAUUUGGCUGAAUGAGGCUUUGUACCAUGAAUCUAUGAAUACCACUGCAUAAUAGGUAGUAGCUUGCUUAUGUUAUAGAAACAAUUACUGAGCCUACAUAAUUGUACAGAAAUUCAAAAAUGCUUGUUCUAUCACGAUUUUGAAUACUCCAGAAAUUGUUGUAGAGGCUUAAAAAACAUGUUGUACAGAAAAGCAUUUGGUAAAGACUUGCACUGUAUUCAGUGUGUUCAUCUCCCUCGGGGAGAUGUUUUCAGGUACUUUACAUUUUAACACUGUCUAGCAUUUUGUGUGGUGUCAUACCUGUGACUGAGUAUCUUAUGUAUGAAGGAUGCUGCAAAAUACUUCAUGCACUUUUAAGUUGCAAGAAUGUUUGUCGGCCUCUCUUGCUCCUCGUGGAAAACUAUGAAUUGAUGUCCUUAUUUGUUCUUUUCCAACAAAGGUUAAGCCCUACGAAAUGUGACACAUUAAAAUGCCUUUGCUCACAAAAGCUGUCAUCUGAAUAUUUGUUCAUUCUGACUUCCCUGACUCAAAUAAAAGAGACUCAUUUCUGAGGUCACUUUGCUGAA